GGAAGGGGAGAGGAUGCAAAAGACGAAAAGAGAGAGAGUCGAAGUGCACAAAUCAUUCAGACGCUGGAUAGCACCAACCAUCUGUCAGAUCGGUGGUGAAGCGACAGAAAGAAAAACGAGACAAAACAUACACGCAGCAAAGAUGUCAGACGACGUGUGAAUUCUCGUUGCUUUUAUUAUACGUGGAAUUUUUGUCAGCGCCGAAUCAACCAACAAGUUUUUUUUUUCUUCUCUUUUGUGAUUUGUUUUUUUUUCUUCUGUGGUGUGCCAUUCAGUGUUCGAAACAUGAAUAGUACGGAUGUUGUGUCGGAUUUUGAAGCGAGCUGUGAACUAUCGAAAAAUCAUCAACAUUUACGCAACGAGACAAGAGAACGUUUGAAAAAUUUAUUUGCCAAAACACCUGCAUUACGUGAUUUAAAUUAUGAUGUAACAGCCGAAGAGAUUGCAGCCGAAAUUGCAAUCGUGAAUGGUGAAUCAAUUAAAGUGUAUUUGACACGUGAACCAUAUGAAGAGCUUAAGGUCAUUGUGCCGAAAAAUAGCACCGUACGUGAUUUAAAAGCGGCCAUUCGACGUACAUUCACCGCUCUACGGUAUCGACAACGUACAAACACAAACGAACCAAAUGUCAUAUCAAAGCAACAAUUUGAACGACAUCAUUCCGGCGAAACUAUUCCAAACAUUUCGUGGAAAUACAUCUGGCGAACAUAUUAUUUGAAAAAUGACACAGAUGUUCUGAUUAACGAUGAACAAACGCUAAGCGAAUAUAAUGUAUGCAAUAAAUGCACAUUGAAAUUUGUGAAAAAAAUUAAAAUCGACCGUAGAUCGCAACGAAACAAAUUAAAAGACAAACUAAAAAUAAUCGAAAAAAUGUUGCAUUCAAACGAUUUAAUUAAAAUAGUGAGAGCUAUGUUGAAUUCCACAUUUCGUGUGUCAAAUUCGCUGUGUUUAAUUUUAAUAGUAUGCAUUUUAAUUGACGUGCAACCAUUGCCUGCUUUAAUCGUAGAGAACGAGAACAAUCAUAAUAUUCGUUUGAAUAGUCAUGGGUUUGAAUUGACCCAGGCAAAUAAUUUAUUGCGUCAGGAGCAAGUGCAAAAAGUGUGUGCCAAUUUAAAAUCACAAUCAAUUAUCGAAGACAUAGCUGACAUACCAGACGAUCAACUCGAUCACAUGAUAAUCGACGAUAAACACAAAUUUCUCUAUUGUUACGUGCCAAAAGUUGCCUGUACAAAUUGGAAACGUGUUUUAAUGUUGAUGACAGAUCAAUGGAAAAACGGCACCGAUCCACUGAAAAUACCGGCCGCGAUGGCUCAUUCAGCCGGAAUUUUUCGUAAAUUCAAUGCAUUAACACCGAACGAACGUGAAACAGUUUUAACACAAUACACUCGUUUCAUUAUCGUUCGUCAUCCAUUCGAGCGGCUAUUGUCAGCCUAUCGCAAUAAGCUCGAAGGAAAUAUGCCAAGUGCUCGAUAUUUCCAAGAACGUAUUGGUCGGCAAAUAAUUAAAUCAUUUCGUUUAAAUGCAGCAACCGAUUCGCUAAAUCGAGGCCAUGACGUCACAUUCAAUGAAUUCAUUAUGUAUCUGUUAACACCUGAACUAAGCAUGAACAAUCAAGCAAAUCAAUCGUUUAAUUCGUUUAACGAACACUGGGAACCUAUAAAUAAGUUAUGUCAUCCGUGUGCGAUCAAAUAUAAUGUAAUUGGAAAGUACGAAACACUAAUUGACGACUCAGCGCUUGCAUUGCAUUUGGCCGGUGUUAAUAUCACCUUUCCGACGAGUCAACGCACAUCGCGCACUGGUGAAUAUUUGCGUGAAUAUUUUAAUCGAAUUCCGGUUAGCGUGACGAAAAGUCUAUAUAAAUUGUACGCGGUUGAUUUUAAAUUAUUUGGCUACAGUUUGGAAGAUGUGCUCGGUUAUGAACUUGAAUAGUUAUCAUAACGGACAUGCAUAACGAACCACAUACACCACACACGAUUUUUUUGAGCAAAUAAGAAAACAGGUUGAACGAUUAGUAGAUCGUGUUUCAACGUCAACGCUGCUCGAAGAUCGUCGUGAUGCGUGCCGUGCUCUAAAGUCAUUGUCGCGUAAAUAUCGUGUUGAGGUCGGUGCCCAGG